UUGCAUAUAUUUCUGUGGAGUUAUUAUUCUGCAUUUACAUAUUGAUCGUUGCUGUCCACAGUUAUUUAGUUUUCCAUCAUUUAAAAAGAUUUAAGUCCCUACGUACGUACACGUCCUGCAAUGAGUUCUGCCGAGAAGCGAUUAGAAAUUUUAUACGAAGGCUACUUCUAUGACGUCACGGAAUUUGUGAAACGACACCCGGGAGGAAAUGUAAUCCUGUUCUAUACCGAAAAAGGGGAAGACGCAACCCAGGCCAUUCAACAGUUUCAUAACCGAUUCAUAAACAAGAUCAACCUCAUGCUGAAGUCUUUUCAUAGACGACCUGCGUCAGACUCCGAGGUUUCCGACGACCCAGGAAGGCUGAAACGUCAUCGCGGACUGACGGAUGAUUUUGCGAAACUAUUUGUCGACAUAACGAAGGAAGGAUUGUUCGAACCGUCGUACGGGAGCAUUCUGUGGCGAAUGUGGGAAUGUUGCUUUUUUUGGGCGAUGGCUGUCCUGUUAAUAAAUUCGUCGAGCUUCCCCCUCCAACUUCUUGGGUGUGGUUGUUUCGCCAUGGGGUCGGGUCGAGGAGGUUGGCUAAUGCAUGAAGGCGGGCAUCACUCCUUGACGGGGAACCACAGGGUGGACAGAUUUUUGGAGUCUGUCUUCAUUGGGAUAUUCUUGGGCUUAUCGGGAGGCUGGUGGAGUCGAGGUCACAACAAACAUCAUGCUAUGCCCCAGAGACUUCAUUACGACGUCGACCUCAACACGAUGCCAUUUUUAGCAUACAAUGCCAAAGUUGUUAAAAAUCCUGAUCAAGGGAAAUCGUUUUUAAUUCAAAAUCAGACUUGGCUAUUCCUCUCGAUGGACUGCUUUUUUGGCUACUGGGCUUGGCGAAUCUACAUCUGUCCCCGGAACGCUAUUAAACGAGGAGAUUACUUGGACCUGGUGAUGAUGGCGAUUCACUGGUACGCCGCCUACUCCAUGAUCCCCAAUUGGUGGACCUUCUGCCUGUCUUACUGGCUCGGAGCGAAUUACAUGUUUGGUAAUUUCGCCUUGUCCCACACCCACCUUCCCGUCACCGAGGAGCAGACCCAUUGGGUCGAAUACGGUCUCACGCACACGGCCAAUGUGAAAUCCACCCCCUUCGUCGACUGGUGGAUGGGCAUGCUCAACUUCCAGAUCGAACAUCAUCUCUUUCCUACCCUCCCACAAUUCCGGGCACAUUUAGUACAGGACCGAGUUAAAGCAUUGGCGGCGAAGUAUGACCUUCCAUAUCACGACAUUCCUUACAAGGAUGCGUGGAUAAUUACCCUCAAGAAUUUUAGCGAUGUGGCAAAACAGUUCAGAGAGUGAAUACAUGUUGAAUUUUGCUAUUUUUAAAGUAUUUGUUCGUUGUUUAAUUGUGCGAUUAGCUGGACUACUAAUAAAUAUACUUCUCCUUGUAUGGAAUAAAUGGAUAUAAUUAGCCGCUGA